AUGGGAGAGGCAAGUGGAGUUGGAAAGCCUGGGGGAGCUGCAGGAGAGACAGAGAAGACAGCUCUGUUGGCAUAUUGUCUUUCUUCCCACCAGCCUGUGCUGUGGGAUCUGCUCCAGAGGGAAAAGAGUGUUUGGGCUCUGCAGAUCCUAGUGCAGGCAUACCUGCAUAUGCCCCCAGAAAACCUCCAGCAGCUGGUGCUUUCGGCAGAGAGGGAGGCUGCACAGGGCUUCCUGACACUCAUGCUGCAGGGGAAGCUGCAGGUACCACCAUCCGAGGAGCAGGCCCUGGGUCGCCUGACAGCCCUGCUGCUCCAGCGGUACCCGCGCCUCACCUCCCAGCUCUUCAUUGACCUGUCACCACUCAUCCCUUUCUUGGCUGUCUCUGACCUGAUGCGCUUCCCACCAUCCCUGUUAGUCAACGACAGUGUCCUGGCUGCCAUCCGGGAUUACAGCCCAGGAAUGAGGCCUGAACAGAAGGAGGCUCUGGCAAAGCGUCUACUGGCCCCUGAACUGUUUGGGGAAGUGCCUGCCUGGCCCCAGGAGCUGCUGUGGGCAGUGCUGCCCCUCCUCCCCCACCUCCCUCUGGAGAACUUUCUGCAGCUCAGCCCUCACCAGAUCCAGGCCCUGGAGGAUAGCUGGCCAGCAGCAGGUCUGGGGCCAGGGCAUGCCCGCCAUGUGCUGCGCAGCCUGGUAAACCAGAGUGUCCAGGAUGGUGAGGAGCAGGUACGCAGGCUUGGGCCCCUCGCCUGUUUCCUGAGUCCUGAGGAGCUGCAGAGCCUAGUGCCCCUGAGUGAUCCGAUGGGGCCAGUAGAACGGGGGCUGCUGGAAUGUGCAGCCAACGGGACCCUCAGCCCGGAAGGACGGGUGGCAUAUGAACUUCUGGGGGUAUUGCGCUCAUCUGGAGGAGCGGUGCUGAGCCCCCGGGAGCUGCGGGUCUGGGCCCCUCUCUUCCCUCAGCUGGGCCUCCGCUUCCUGCAGGAGCUGUCAGAGCCCCAGCUUAGAGCCAUGCUUCCUGUCCUGCAGGGAGCUAGUGUUACACCUGCUCAGGCUGUCCUGCUGCUUGGACGGCUCCUUCCUAGGCAUGAUCUAUCCCUGGAGGAAUUCUGCUCCUUGCACCUUCUGCUGCCCGGCCUCAGCCCCCAGACACUCCAGGCCAUCCCUAGGCGAGUCCUGGUUGGGGCUUGUUCCUGCCUGGCCCCUGAACUGUCACGCCUCUCAGCCUGCCAGACCGCAGCACUACUGCAGACCUUUCGAGUUAAAGAUGGCGUUAAAAAUAUGGGUGCAACAGGUGCCGGUCCAGCUGUGUGUAUCUCUGGUCAGCCUGUUCCCACCACCUGGCCAGACUGCCUGCUUCCCCUGCUCCCAUUAAAGCUGCUACAACUGGAUUCCUUGGCUCUUCUGGCAAACCGAAGACACUACCGGGAGCUGCCCUGGUCUGAGCAGCAGGCACAGUUUCUCUGGAAGAAGAUGCAAGUACCCACCAACCUGACCCUCAGGGAUCUACAGGCUCUGGGCACCCUGGCAGGGGGCAUGUCCUGUGAGUUUCUGCAGCAGAUCAACUCCAUGGUAGACUUCCUUGAAGUGGUGCACAUGAUCUAUCAGCUGCCCACUAGAGUUCGAGGGAGCCUGAGGGCCUGUAUCUGGGCAGAGCUACAGCGGAGGAUGGCAAUGCCAGAACCAGAAUGGACAACUCUAGGGCCAGAACUGAAUGGGCUGGAUAGCAAGCUACUCCUGGACUUACCAAUCCAGUUGAUGGACAGACUAUCCAAUGAAUCCAUUAUGUUGGUGGUGGAGCUGGUGCAGAGAGCUCCAGAGCAGCUGCUGGCACUGACCCCACUCCACCAGGCAGCCCUGGCAGAGAGGGCACUACAAAACCUGGCUCCAAAGGAGACUCCACUCUCAGGGGAAGUGCUGGAGACCUUAGGCCCUUUGGUUGGAUUCCUGGGGAUAGAGAGCACACGACAGAUCCCCCUACACAUCCUGCUGUCCCAUCUCAGUCAGCUGCAAGGUUUCUGCCUAGGAGAGACAUUUGCCACAGAGCUGGGAUGGCUGCUAUUGCAGGAGUCUGUUCUUGGGAAACCAGAGUUGUGGAGCCAGGAUGAAGUAGAGCAAGCUGGACGCCUAGUAUUCACUCUGUCUACUGAGGCAAUUUCCUUGAUCCCCAGGGAGGCUUUGGGUCCAGAGACCCUGGAGCGGCUUCUAGAAAAGCAGCAGAGCUGGGAGCAGAGCACAGUUGGACAGCUGUGUAGGGGGCCACAGCUGGCUGCGAAGAAAGCAGCCCUGGUAGCAGGGCUGGUGUGACCAGCUGCUGAGGAUCUUCCAGAACCUGUGCCAAAUUGUGCAGAUGUACGAGGGACAUUCCCAGCAGCCUGGUCUGCAACCCAGAUUGCAGAGAUGGAGCUCUCAGACUUUGAGGACUGCCUGACACUAUUUGCAGGGGACCCAGGACUUGGGCCUGAGGAACUGCGGGCAGCCAUGGGCAAAGCAAAACAGUUGUGGGGUCCCCCCCGGGGAUUUCGUCCUGAGCAGAUCCUGCAGCUCGGUCGGCUCUUAAUAGGUCUAGGAGAUCGGGAACUACAGGAGCUGAUCCUAGUGGACUGGGGAGUACUGAGCACCCUGGGGCAGAUAGAUGGCUGGAGCUCCACUCAGGUAACACAUUUCCUCCUCCCUACCACUUCCCAAACACCCAUCCCACAGACACAGCCCUGUAGAUCAUCUAAAGCCCAAGGAAUUUUUUCCUGUGACCUUACCUGGUCAUUCUUUCUAUCUUUUGUUGAGACCCCCUACUAG